AUGCUGCAGUUGCGGUCUAACUCUUUCAGUGGCCAUAUUCCUCAGCAAUUGUGCAAUCUUCCUGAUCUUCAGAUACUUGAUCUUGCUCAUAACAACUUUUCUGGGACAAUUCCAAAGUGUUUGAGUAAGCUGACUUCCCUGGUCUCUGCUGAUAGUGGUUGGACAUUCUUCGGGGGUUAUCCUGAACAAACAACAGUUACAUCAAAAGGGCAGGAACUGGAAUAUGGAGUCCCCAUUUUGACAUUAGUAAAGAGUAUUGAUCUUUCAUCCAAUCAGUUGAAAGGUGUAAUCCCUGAAUCAAUUACCAACCUUGUUGGAUUGACUACCCUGAACUUGUCGAGGAACCAAUUACAUGGAAACAUUCCCUCGAAGAUAGGAAACUUGCAUUGGCUGGAAUCCCUUAAUCUUUCUCACAACCACCUUUCAGGGAGAAUUCCUCAAAGCUUUUCUUCUUUGACCUCACUGUCUCACUUGAACUUGUCUUACAACAACUUGACAGGAAGAAUUCCUUCGGGAAAUCAACUCCAAACACUUGAAGAUUCAUCCAUUUAUGAGGGAAAUCCAUCGUUGUGCGGGGUUCCUCUUUCAAUUGAUUGCCCAGGAGAUGAAAGACAGGUUUCUCCAGAAGAUGAUAAAGAUGAACAUGAUUAUGGAAGGCUUGGUCUAUAUGUCAGCAUUGUGCUAGGAUUCUCAGUUGGCUUUUGUGGUGUUUGUGGUACUUUAAUCAUAAAGAAGUCAUGGAGGUAUGCCUAUUUUAGUUUUUUUGAUAACAUCAAGGAUGAGGCAACACUAGCAAUUGCGUCGAGAAUAGCUCGUCUUAUUCCACCUUAUAUUCCAUAUAUGCGCAUCCUCUCCCUCAGAAACAAUCAGUUAUCAGGAGAAUUCCCUGAGCCAUGGAGCUUGUGGAGCACAAUAGGUGUUGUUGAUGUGACAAAUAAUACUCUCACUGGUCAUAUUCCAAGCUCCAUGGGUGUUCCAAGCUCUCUUGGAAUAUUGAAGAUGAACAACAAUAAUUUUAGUGGGGAAAUUCCUGCUUCCUUGCAAAAUUGCUCUGGUUUGGGUGAGUUGUGGUGCAAGGGUGGAGGAAAACAGGGCGGCUAUUGGGAUUUGGCAUGUUCCUUUCUGGCUUGGGCGGCGGCGAUCAAGGGUGACUGGUUUAUGGUGGUUGCUGGGUGUGGAGGCGUGGUUGCUGGUCGUGGUUCCAGGGACAUCGUGUCGAUCCACAAGGCGGUUGUUGCGGGAUCGUGGUGCUCCGAUCUGGAUUGGAUCUAUUGGGUCCGAUUCGGGUAG